AUGCAAAUUUUUGUCAAAACUCUCACAGGGAAGACCAUCACCCUUGAUGUCGAAUCCUCUGAUACCAUUGACAACGUCAAGGCUAAGAUCCAAGACAAAGAAGGGAUCCCACCAGACCAGCAAAGACUUAUUUUCGCUGGCAAACAAUUAGAAGAUGGAAGAACACUUGCCGAUUAUAACAUCCAAAAAGAGUCCACACUUCACCUUGUCUUGAGACUCAGAGGAGGAGUUAUUGAGCCUUCACUCCAAGAAUUGGCCAGAAAAUACAAGUGUGACAAGAAAAUUUGCAGGCGAUGCUAUGCAAGACUUCCAUUGAGAGCUCACAACUGCAGAAAAGACAAGUGUGGACACAACUCAGACUUGAGACUUAAGAAAAAGAUUAAAGAUUAA